AUUAUUCUCCCAUUCUAGAUAUUUCAAAUUUCAAUCCAUCGAGACCAAACGCUUUCUUUAUUCCGUUCAAACGCUAUUCGCUUUUUUUAUCCGUUUUUUUUUUGUUUUCUAUUUAAACCUCCUUCUUCUCCCUCAUUUCUCCAUUAUCUAUCUGUUCUCUGCAUUUUUCUCGCUUCCGUAACUUCCCUUUAAGCAAUAAAGUCCAAAUGGAGAACGGGCACAACUUCCAGGAAGUUUCAAACCCGAAAUAUGAUUGCCUAUUGUUUGAUAUUGAUGACACACUUUACCCUCUGAAUUCUGGAAUGUCAGCGCAUACAGCCAGAAAUAUUGAAGAGUAUAUGCUUCAAAAGCUUGGAAUGGAGGCUGAGAAAGUUCCUGAGUUGUGUAAUUCAUUAUACAAGACUUAUGGGACAACAAUGGCUGGUCUUAGGGCAAUUGGUUAUGACUUUGACUAUGAUGACUUUCAUAGUUCUGUUCAUGGGAGAUUGCCUUAUAGUCUAUUGAAACCGGACCCAGUUCUCAAGGGGAUUUUGCAAAGCUUGCCUUGUAGGAAACUGGGUUUUACGAAUGCGGACACGGGGCAUGCGAUAAGAGUGCUUAAAAGACUUGGGCUGGAGGACUGUUUUGAAAGAAUUAUAAGCUUUGAUACUCUCAAUUCCUCGGACGAUAUCAGACCUCCUGAUGACAAAAAUGGCGAAGAAAUUUUUGAUUUUUGCGAGUACACACGCCGGCCUGAUUCUGGUAUGGUGCUUCCAAAGACACCGGUUAUCUGCAAACCCUUUGAUAAUGCAUUUGAAAAGGCUUUCAAGUUGGCUGACAUUGACCCUCAAAGAACAUUGUUCUUCGAUGACAGUAUCCGCAACUUAAUGACAGCGAAACGUUUGGGCCUCCAUACGGUUGCGGUGGGUACAUCGGUGCGUAGUACAGGAGUGGAUCAUGCAUUAGAGAGUAUCCAUAAUAUCAGAGAGGCAUUUCCAGAGCUAUGGGAAGCCGAUGAGAAGAACGAGAUUGUUAACUACAAAGUUGCAAUUGAAACAACAGUAAAAGCAUAGCUUAUUUUUGUUUGUGGUGUCUUAAGUAUAGUAUAGUGGCCAUGGCACCUAAGUAAUUGUUAUGUUUUUUUUGUAUGAUUGAUCUUGUAUUACGCUUAAACCCUUUGCAUCUAUAAAGUGUCAAUUGAAACACA